AUGACUACCUCGCAGUGUGCUGGAAUGAAAGGUGACGACAGGCUCAAGUAGAUCGUUAGCAGUCGACUGGGUUCCACUGACUCGCUGUGUGUGUGUGUGUUUAUAAUAACUGGUCGCUGUGGUUUAAAUCAAUAGUUAGUCAAGUGAUCCUGAGUCGGAGUGAUGGCCCAGAUUCAUACCAGAUUAUGUUAUCACCCAUGUAGGUGUUACCAAGAGGCAAUCCAUCUCAUACACUUGCUAUUUUAAAUCUGCAGCCUCGGGACAUCAGAUCAGAUAAUAGCAUCUACAUUAGUAUGGAGGUGUGAUCGCGGCUCUACAUUUUCCAUUAACCUGACUGUUGCACACAAAAUACUUUUGACCAGAUAAACAAGACGGCUUUUGUGCUGCAGGAUGGGCAGCGCAGUAAUUAAUUGCAUCAGUUCAGGUCCUGUGGGAAAUUUGAUUUAUGAACGUUGACUGCAGGGCCUGGGGUAUUUGUUGUGUCAGUUGAGAGGCCGGGCGGGGUUAAAUUCAGGCACAAAUUAAAUGAAACUAGCUCGGUAUGUGUGGAAUGUACACCGAAAUCACAUCUUGAUACGUUCCAUCGUGGUGUUCGAUAAUGCAGUACAACAGAGGGAUGAUCUGUUAGCGCAGCCUUUUUUUUUCAGGAUGAAGUGUUUGACUUGAAUUAUGUAUUUUGGUCUCUUUCAUUUACAUUUAAAAUGAUCUCCUGGAGUUUCUCUACCAGAUGUCAACUCAGCUCUUCUCUUUAAAAGACAGGAAAAACUCUCUACGCUCUUACUUUCACAUUCUCACAGAUCUUUGACACAUACGUGUCUAUUUCUAAUAUUUAUCUAUCGCAGUUUCUCAAACUGUGCCUAGAGAUUUAGUUUAUGGAUUUUUUAAGUCUUAAAGAAAUAGAGUUUACGAAAAAAAUCCCAAGCUGCUUAAAUUUAAGGGGUUUCCAUGUACUUUAUUUUCUCCUUUCUGCAUGAUAUGUAAUUUGGGCGAGCGUAUUGUGCAAAACUGACUUUUUAAAGCUUUAUUUCAUGUUAUAAUGCCAUUUCCUCAUCAAAAAAAUGUAUGGGAGUGUUGCUUCGACUCAUUCAGACAGGUUUGAACAAUCCUUGAAUCUCCUGUGGGAGCCAUUCGGAGCUGCUACAAAGCAUCGCYUAUUUACCCAAAGCUUCUCCCUGGAGUUCAGUCUGCAGUCGAGCCCCCACAGAGCAUCCCUACCCUGCACAGCUCCACCAGGUAGUCUGGUGGAGCUGCAUGACUGUUGAGCUAGUGAUACUAUGCUUUUUUUUUUUUUUUACAACACAAUGCCCCUACAAAAGUGUUGGAUUCACUCCUUCCACGCCACUAGGUGGCUCUAUAAAUCAUUUUUCUUUUAUUUUGAAGGGCUGUGUUAGAAACAGGAAAUGAGGUCGGAAAGACAGGAAGUUCUCUUUGCCGCCUGAAAUGAUCAAGUUGCCUUAAAAAUAUGAAGAAKUACACCUUUAUUCAAAGUUUAACCAUUGCCCUACGUGGUAAGAGAGUUUGUUGUUAUUGAUUAUCAGCCUUCUGGGUUAUUGUUUAGUUUCAUUUGUGUUGUUAAUGAUAUGAAUAUGUUUUGACUCAAUAUUAAUGUGUAGUUUGAUUCUAAUAUGUUUAAAGGAGUAAAUUAAAUGUUUUUUUUUAUGGUUUAGGUUUAGUACAACUUUGUUUGUGAUUUUAUUUGAAUAAUAUAAAGAUGAAAGUCAAGAAAUGUUUCAGAAAGUUUGUUUAAAUGUUAAAGAUUAAAUGUAAUUUUAUUUGUUUUACAGUUUAACCGGCAUCAGCGUCAAGCUGCGCUGUGUAUUUUCAUCGGGCAAUAAACAACAACAGCAACAAACUUCAUUCUUAUGUUCUUUGUAACAUAAAGUUAAACACGAGGCAACCAUAAAAUGAAUCCAUCGGCAGUCAUGUUUGAAACUGAAAAGUGUGCAGAAGAAAUAGAUCUUGUGACACUGAAGAGAAGGCGAGGACAAGCUAAAGCAGCCAUUACAAAGAUGAUAACAGCUGCAAAUGUAAAGAUCAGAGAAAAUGAGCCUGAAGAGUUAAAAGCAAUAUUGGAGAGCUUGGACUUUGCUGUCACACAACUUCAUGAAGCUCACGUACGUUAUCAUAAUAGGCUCACUGAUGACAUUGACAAAGAAGAAUCUGAAGCCUAUGAGAAGUUUAUCAUGAGGAAUGUUCAUGAUAUGCGUCACGAGGCUCUAACUUGGCUGCAAGAAUUGAGAGAUAGAAAUGAUGAUCAUUCUGAUGAUGACAAGAUGGAUUUUCCAACUCAAAAUGAUUUAGUUAAUGAAUCUCCAGCUGAUACCGAAAACAAUGCUGUGUCAGCAGAACUAGAAGAGCUACGGUCUCUACGAAAAAAUGAACAAGAGAACUUUGAACUGAUACUCAGACGCAACAAGGAGGAGUUUGAACUAGAACUUCAGCGAAUACAACACAAAGCUGAGCUAGAUGCACAGAUGCUACACAAUC